GUAAACAACCGGAUUGUUGUCAUCAUGGCGGACACUUUUACGAUGGGAAGGAAAAUUUUAAGAAUGUGUUAGAUAUUGCCUAAUUUCAGCAUAUGGAUUCAAAUAUCUCAACAUUUUCUUGUGAAGAAUAUGGGAAUGGACAUUUUAAAGGACGGGAUAUAUUCAAUUUCAUUUAUUUUUAGUCUGUAACAAGGAGAAAAGUACAUGGUUUUUAUUUUCAUGAGAUCAAAUUAUGACAAUACAAAGAUGAUAUAAUAUUGUGUACAGAAAACAUUUGUUUUUAACCAAUAUAAUUUUACGAUAUUGAAUCCUGCAGUACUAUUUAAUCAACCCAGACUUGACAGCAGAUUAAUUACAUUAAUUUAAUUACAUUAACUUGAAUUAAUACCUGGUUUUUAUCAUCAAGUUCUAACAAGUUUUUAACAGAAAUUAUUUGUAUUUUCUUCCUGAAUUUACAUUAAAUGAUUAGCCUGAUGGGGAAAUGUUUUUCAUGCCUCAAAAGAAAAACCCAGCCAAGAAGGGAGGUAACAUUAGCUAUCUUGGGUCUGGACAAUGCAGGGAAAACUACUGCCACAAAAGCUUUACUUGGAGAGACCCACCAUGACACAACACCAACAGUUGGUUUUACAAGUGAAAGUCUGACUUUGGACCAUUAUGAAAUAAAAAUCUUUGAUUUGGGUGGUGGGAAAAACAUCAGGAGGAUAUGGAAGGAAUAUUUUGUAGAAGUUUAUGGAGUUAUUUUCGUGGUGGAUUCUUCUACGCCAGAGAGAAUCGAGGAGGCAAAAGUGGUCUUGAAAGGAUUACUAGAAGACGAUAAAGUAGCAGGGAAACCCAUACUACUACUUGCCAAUAAGCAAGACCACCAAAAUGCCAUGGAUGAAGUUGAUAUAUGUGACCAACUUGGCUUAGAAGAUUUAGUAAAUGCUAAUAAAUGUCCUUGUAGAAUUGAAACAUGUUCAGCUCUUAAAGGUACUGGUAAAAAGAUUGAUAAUAAUAUAAAAGUUGGACUGAAAUGGAUGUGUGCCACGUUAGAGCAUAACUGGCUUGUAUACCAACCUCGCGUGGAAAAGGAUAUGGAGGUCGAGGCUGCAAAGAAACAGAAGGAACUAGCUGAAAAGAGGGAAAGGGUACGCAAGAUAAGAGAAGAAAGAGAGAAGAAAGAAGAGGAAGAAAGGAAGAGGUUAGGGAUAGAAAAACCUGUGAGUGACGAUGAAGACCAAUUAGACGGUGAUCCAUUUAAACGUGUUGAUGUUAAUAGCCUGAAUGAAAAGGAAAAAAGAAUGAAAGAAGAAAAGAGAAAGAAGAAGGAAUUAGAGCUGAAGAUGUUAGGACGAGAUACCAAUGAUAAUAACACUGUUAAUAAUGACCUUGAUGAAUCUGAAGGUGAAAUAAGGUCAAGUCGGUCUUUGAAAUAUUUAGGUCUACGUAAUGGAUUAAGUAAUGAUGAAAAUCACAUGAACAAUGGAAAUUUAAACACACUAAGUAGUGAAAACAAAUUACCUUAUGAUUCUGAACAGGAUAGUGACAUUGACACAACCUCUAAGAAAAGUCGUCGCGCAACGCCACGGUUACCUCCCCUUCAGAAACCAUUAGGUACCAAGUUUUCAUCAGAAGACCAACCAACAGGAAAGAAAAAACGCAAGAAAAAGAAAUUGAAAGCUCUACAGGAAAAAAUUGAAGAAAAUGAGGACAUGGGAGAAAUUUUUCAACCUUCAAAGCAUUCUGUUCAAUCUGUUUCAAAGAUUGAAGUGAAUACACUUAACCCUUAUACUGAAAAUCAAAAUAGUUUCCAUAGUGACACAAAUCCUAGCAAACAUAUAGUGGUAGGUAAAACGUUAUCUUUUGACAACGAAACGGAGGAAGAUACGACCCCAAGGUCACAUAAGGUCAAAAAGAAAAAAAAGGUGAAGUCAAAAGGAAUUCAUCAAUCCUUUGAUGAUUUUCCAACGCCUAGGAGUAUUGAAGCAGCUGAAAAUAACACAGAUUUUGCAAGUUCUUUAUCAUACCGUAUUGACAACGAAGAAUCCAAUCCAACUGAAGUCAGGAAACUGAAGAAAAAGGCAUAUCUAAAGAAAAAUAAAACAGGACCAUCUGAUGAAGAAAUUGAAAUGGGAGACACCCUCAGGAAUACUAACAUUACAGAUUUCUCAUGGACACUGGGUUCUCCUAAAAAGGAGGUAUUGUCUAGUGUGGAUGUACUUAUCAGAUAUACUGAAUUAUCUCGUGAUGAAGGGCCAGUCCAAAAAAAUUGGGGGUUUGCAGAAGACCUUGAAGACACGUUGAAUACACCUCCAAGAAGGAUUGGAGUACGGCCCAAUUUUGAAGAUGAUGAGGAUGUUCUGUUGUAAUGAAAAUGAAAACUGAUUGCAUACUUCACCUGUUAGGAAAAGAUGACGAAAAUUGCAAAGGAUUGAUGUAUAUCUUGAUAUGACUAUUCAUUGAUAGAUGUUUAUAUUACAAUGAUAUCUGUCUUACUUCUGGAGAUUUGUAUAUUGAAAAAAAAAGUCAAAAUCAUGACUAUAUAAAAGAUAUUAACAACAAAAAUCAAAGAAGCAUUUUUUUUUGUAAAGAUCAGUGUUCAAAUUUAACAUAGCAAGAGUUGUCUUCCUUAGAUGAAAAAAAGUAAAAAUACUUUUUGAUGAGAGAAAACCCACCAAAACUAGAGCUCAAAUGUGAUCUUAGCAAGCUUUUUUUCAUGAAUGACAAAGAAAUUGUCAGUUAAAAAUGAGAUAUAGUGUUUGUUUAGAUAUGGAAUAAAACCAUCUAUAAUUGACCAUCUUAUCUAAGGGGAGAUAAUAGUCAUCUUUGUUUUAUUUUGAUGACCACAGGGAGAAUUAUUUUAGAUGGUUGAUACUUUAUAAAGGGGAAAAAUUAUGAUUAGGAGAUGUGAAAAAAAUAUAAUUAUUUUAAAGUGAAAAUAUUGACUCUUUAUAUGAAAAUCAAUCAUAAAAAAGUGACAUUGAUCAUUUGUCAUACCUUAUAAUUGUAAGAGUCGACGAAAUUUCCAUAAAAAGUCCAAAAAUAUCUUUGAGUGUGAGUUGAGAUAAAAGUAAACAAUAGUUUCUGUAGAGCAUUUUAUUUAAGCUGCAUUUGUAUUGGGUAUACUCAUUCAUGAUACAAAUGAAGAAAAUAUUGGAAAAAUUAUCUUCCCUUGAAUUUUUUCUGUAAUAGUAGUAUUUUUCAUGUUGAAAAAUUGAGAAUGUUGUAAAUUUUAAUCCAAUUUUGCUCCGUCCAUUUUACUAAAAUCACUGGUGCUAAUGUUAAGUGUAUUUGAUUUGUUAAGAGGAAUUGUUUGUCCUUGCAUGACAUUAUAUUUUUUAUUCCGUCUGAACCCCAUGUGGUCUGUGUUUAAGUGUUCAUAAGCCAGUUUUAAAGGUAAAAUCUUGCAAAAUAAAUUUUGAAAGAAGUUUUUUUUUUUACCAAACUGGAACUAGUUGUAGUGGUCUUGAUUGCUAUAAUUAAAUCAUAUUUGUCAGUAAAAUUCCUAUAAUUUCGUUAGUUUUUGUUAGAUUUUUUUUUAAAAGAGUUAGGUCCCUUGUCAUUAUCUUAAAAUGAGAGUUCCUUGAUUUGCAGAGUUUCAAACAUGCACUGACACUGUUCUGACUGCGAACUUUGACCAUUUAAGCCUUCAUUGAAGCAAAUGUUAACCGUCAGAAAUCGGUAUACAAUAACAACUCAAUUAUAAGUACUAGUGUAAUUGCUAUUUAUACUUUACACUAUUCAUCUAUCAGUUCGAUUUGUUUGUUUGAAGCAAAACAAUAUUUAUUGCAUUAUAAAGAGUUAUGUCCCUUGAUCAUACUGUCAUUUUUCAUUUUUCCAAAUGUGAUAGCCAUUUUUAAAUCAGUGCUAAUUCAUUAUUUACAUAGCUUUACUUUGUAUAUUACUUAAGAGUUGUUCCAUUAUAUUAUUUAUGAGUAAAGAGGAAAUACUUUACUUUGUAUAUUGAAAGGUUGUUUCAUCAUAAUAUUUAAAUGUAAAGAGGUUUUAUUAACUUGAAUUUUAGAUGAAAAAGUUGUUUUCUAUUAUAAUAUUGAAAUGUAAAUAGUUGUGCUAUCGUGAAGCUUUGGUGUUUAAGACAAAGUUGUUAAUUAUACCCUAUAUUGAAAACUAUGAAGGUUGUUUCAUCACAUUAACGAAGGGUAAAAAAUUCUUGUGAAAUAUCAUAACUUUUUUUAUUUAUGAUGUUUUCUAAUCUCAGGUAUUCCAUGAGUAUAUAUUUCUGUUUAAGAUGGAUUGAUUGUUUACUUAAUGCCACAUCAGCACAAAAAGGCUAUAUCACAGCGACUCUGUUUAAGACUGAAGUAGGAUACAUAUGGUGUGUAAUUCAAUAUGAUAUUGUUUUGACAUGAAUAAUUUUUACAUCUAAGUUUUAAACAGAACUCUUAUCCUAUUUUGAAAGUAAUUUUUGAUAAUGAAUAUAAACUUUAAUAACUUAAUUUCUUUCCUAUUAAAAAUGUCAUAUGAGGAGACUUGAUCAUAUAGAAAAUUUCAAUUUACCUUCAGUAUUUAGUGCUUCGACAAACUUAUAACAUACAUUUCUUGAAUUUUUUGUUUUAUAAUAUCUUAUCUAUAAAUAUAAAGAAAUUAAGAUUCCAAUUCCUCAGGCAAAGUUGACCUUAGGUGGUCUUUAGCAAUUGAUUUAAGGUUCAUCUUUGUCAUCCUUUGUUUUCAAUAUUUUGGUUUUUAGUGGUUUUAAGUGUUCCAGAAAAGCACUUCGGACGCACCAUAUUUUAUAAAGUGUUAUUUUCAUUGGAUGGAAUAUUACUCAUAGCUUCAUAUUUAUUUCUGAUGAUAUUUCAAACAUUUUUUAAAUGGAGACAGUUUUAAUUAUUUUAACUUAAUGUUUAUGUGCCUGUGUUGUGUAUUAUUUAUGUGUAACUUUAUUUUAAAAAAAUGAAAUUUUUAUCAAUGAAAUGAAUACUAAUUAUAUAUAAUUUUAACAAUUUUUUGCAUUAUUUCUACAGCUGAAUGUUUUAACACAUAUCAUUUAACUUAUCUAUGUAUUAUUCAUUUAAAUGUAUUAUUCAUUUAAAUACUUUUGAUGUUGUUUUCUUUUAUCCUUAAUUAGUAAGGGCCAUUCUAGUGUAGUAAACUUGUAAGGAUAGGAUGUCAAGCUAUAUUUGAAUAUUGGUUUUGGUGUCGUUUAUGACCGUAUGUCCAGUUUAUUUAUGAAGAAAUACUCAAAAGAAAAUAUGUUGGUUAAAAGAGGGAGAUUGAAAUUCUUUCAUACCUAGAUCUCCCACAAAUUUUUUUUUAAUAAAUGGAAUAAUUAAUUAAUAAGUAUGAGGAACCAUUAUAUAGAUAACCUACUGUGGAUUCAUUUAUUUUCACAGGUGCCAAAUUUUUGUGGACUAAGGGAAAAUCAUAUUUUCUUGGAUAUUUAAUUUUGUGCUUUUGUUUAGGUCUGCGUUCAACAUUUAAAUUCGUGAUUCACAUAUACCCACCACAAAAUCCACGAAAAUUGAUAUCCUACAAAUAAUAAAGAAUUCACAGUAUCUGAACUAAAUGUAAUCUAUAUUGUUCUUUUCUGAGUGACUUGCAAAUGUGUGGGAUGUGAAUUAGGCAUGGAAAAGAAGGUUCCUGUUUUUUGUAACCAAUGCUCCUUAUGGUUUUUGACUAAUGACCUUUAAACUUCUUUAUUAACAUGUAAAACAUACAACCCACUUUCUUCAAACAUUUAAUUUUAAAGGAAUGAUCAAACUACUCAACAAACUUGGAAAGCAAGUUCACCAGUGUUAUGUUGAACAUGCUAUUGAAGAAAAGUUCUGAUCGAUUAUUUUAAAUCAUUUUCAAAAGGUUGGGAACUGUCUAUUUUGGUUUUGUUAUUGCACAUUUGUUACAGAAAAGUAAAGACCUAUUGUAUUAUCAAUGAACGAUGUUGAAACUUUGGAGGUUUAAUAAAAAUGGAAAAAUUUAUCCCUGGGUUGACCGUUUUGAAACAUAUUUAAGGGAAAUGUCACACAUGAUGUACUUGUAUAUAAGAACUCAUGUGUGGGCACUCCUUAUAUCAAUCUGUAAGAUGCAUAACUCUAUUCAUGUUUUAUUUUAGGUAAAAUACGUAAUAAAACAUGUUUUACUGUCA